UUUUCUGUCGUGUUAUCUUUAAAUCCGAUCGCGCUGCCUCGUGUCACUACCUUCACCCAAUUGCUGCUGUGCUCCCAUCAUUCAUCCUCUGUUCCCUCUUCACCACUCGUUUUCCCCGUCCCUUUCUCGGCGUUGCCACGCCCUCACUCCGAUCCGGCUUUUCUUACCAUCACAUUGUCCGCCACUGUUCCGCCAGUCAGCAGCUCAUCGAUUGUGCAAUUCGCGGAAACAAACUGUCGACGUUGUGAGUGAGGGCGAGCGAAGGACCGAAGGCUCUCUGUCUGGGAGGAAAUACGAAGGCAGCUAUGGCGAGCACGGCGGUUGCGGUCGGGGGCCAACUCUCCCUCUCGCUCGGCCUCGCGAGGAAAAGUGCCCGGGGCAUCGCGGGACGGUCGGCAGUUUCUGCCGCUCCAUGCUUGGUGUCAGCACGCUUGGGUGGCAGCCCUCAGCAGGUUUCCUCCAUCGGCGUCGCUCAAGAAUCGAAGAGACGAUUCUCCAGCAUCAUCGCGAAGGCGUCUGAACAAGCUGAUGCCUCUGAGCAGGCUACCGAAGUUUUGAAAGGCGUACAAGAAUGGUGGGAGAAGGUCGAUGACAAGUUGGCGAUCGGUGGUUUGGGAUUUGCUGGUCUAAUUUUGUUGUGGGCUUCAACUGGUCUCAUUUCAGCUCUAGACAAGCUGCCCUUGGUCCCAGACUUCUUCGAGGUGGUUGGUAUCUUGUUCUCCGGGUGGUUCACCUACCGUUAUCUCCUCUUCAAACCCGACAGGGAGGAGCUCGCCAAGAUUGUCGACGAAGCGAAGGGAAAGAUCACUGGCACCGGGAGUGGUGAGCUCGAACCCCGAGCUGCGACUACGGCCACCAAAGCAGAAUCGGUUCGAUCUCCUUCGGUGGCAACAGCAGGAGGCAAGCAGACAGUCGACAGUGACUCAGAGACCACAGCGGAAGCUGGGAAGCAGAAGCUCGCCACUGCCGUCGGGGUAGCCCAGCUUCCUGCAGAGGACGGCAACGGCGUGGGAACGAGUGCAAGUGGAGACGCGGCCCAAGGUUCGACUGACGGACGAAGGCUUGGUCGUGACGAUGAUGUGAAAGCCUCACCCGACUGGCAGCCAGAAGGUGCUCCGGUCGGCGAGUGGGUCGGAUUUGCCAAUCCUGGGCCUCAAAUCGGCAUUAACGAGCCCAAUGGUACCGUCAGACCGGAUGUGUCGGUAUGAAAUGUCCGCUGAAGAUCAUGUUACAGUACCAAGUCCGACACAGAGCAGUUUAGAUUAGUGCGACAGCAUUGUCCCUCGAGGUUCAUCAAAGGAUGGCUCCUCUUUUUGUACCAUGUUUUCAGUUCCAGUAAGUCUCCAUCGGAUCUUUGUCGAUCCCCGAGAGCUGCAAUGAUCAAAUCAGUACAUACAAUCUCUGUCUACAAAGCCUUAUCUUCUGAGCCCGGGUGAACCCUUCCUCCGAAGUGUCUUGUCGUGUUUCGGUUGUCGUAAUAAAACGUGGAAAUUCGUGA